UCCUUGCAUAUCUUCCUCACCCAUCACAAUACUCUUCUCUUAGCUACGCAGUGCAGUAGUAUUACUAUACCUUAUAGUUCAAAGAAGCUACUAGCUAGCUAAGGUCUUAACUUUUAAGAAAUGGAAUCCAAAAGAACAUCAUCACUUGCUCUCUUUCUUGUUCUAAAUCUUCUAUUCUUUACCCUAGUAAGUGCUUGCGGUGGUGGCUGCCCUUCUCCUAAGCCUAAGCCAACCCCAAGCCCAAGACCAAAGCCAACACCAACUCCAUCACCUUCCACAGGAAAAUGCCCAAGAGAUGCACUUAAACUAGGUGUUUGUGCUGAUGUUCUUGGUUCUUUGCUUAAUAUCACCAUUGGUAAACCUCCAGUUGAACCUUGCUGCUCUCUGAUCCAAGGCCUUGUUGAUCUUGAAGCUGCUGUUUGCCUUUGCACUGCCAUUAAAGCUAACAUCUUGGGUAUCAACCUUAAUAUUCCACUUUCUUUGAGCUUGCUUCUCAAUGUUUGUAGCAAGAAGACACCCUCCGAUUUCCAAUGUGCCUAAGCACGAUAGAUUUCUUUUCUAUCAUAGUCUCUGGUGGGUUCUGUAUGUUGUUUUAUAAGUAUGAUCAUAAGUCUUUGGGACGUUCAGUCUGUGAUUUAAGGUUGUAACAGUUUGUUUCUUUUCUAUUUUGUUUAAAUGUUCUGUUUGUUUAGUGGGGGGUUUACUAUAAAUAAGUCUAGUUUCCCUUAGUUAUGUUUAAGAGGUUUAAUGGGAAAUUUUAUUUUUACUCGUAUAAUCAAUAAAAUAUUGUCCCAAAUCUUAUUUUUGUUGAA